AUGUCAAAGGUCAUCUAUGCUGAGCCAGAUAUGAACAAGAAGGUCAAGUUUAACAGAGGUGAGAUGGAGGAGAGGAUUGUUGAUAUCUAUGUCAGUGCAGACACCCUGAGAGACGGUGAGACCAGCACCAAGAGAGAAGAGACAGCAGACACUGCCCCUAAUAAUGGACCAGGAGACCAGCAAACAGAGUGCAGCACUUUGACGACAAUUUUGUACUUCCUCGCUACUAAGAAGAAAAACUGGGAGGAGAGAGAAGCAGUCCUGGUGAUCAAACUGCAGAGAGGAACAGGUACUGGGGGGCUGGACAGCCUGAUAAUAGUGGGCAGGAGGACUGUGUUGAGAUAUACUAUAGACAAGCUGACCCUUGUUUUAAUGUGUCCUAAAGGAUGGAAGAAGUUUGGCUCCAGCAGCUGUUAUUACCUCUCGGCUGAGAAGAAACCCUGGGAGUACGCUGAACAGGACUGUCUGGGGAGAGGAACACACCUGGUGAUCAUAAACAGUGACGAGGAACAGAAGUUCCUCACUGCAUUAAGAACAAUUUCCUGGAUCGGUCUGACUGAAAGAGAGACAAAAGGGACCUGGAAAUGGGUGGACGGUACACCACUGACCACAUGGUACUGGGCGGAAAAACAGCCUGAUAAUUCAGGUCCUAAUGGGGAGGAGGACUGUGCUGAGAUGAAUUGUGCAUAUUGUGACCCUGUAUAUACAUUUAAUGAUGUAGGAUGUACCGAUGAACGUAAUUGGAUUUGUGAAAGAGUGAUUUAA